UUAUUUUGCUCCUCAGAAAACACCUUGCUUCCAGUUUUGUAUGCUCACACUCAAUCAAAGAAAAGAUUUUGCCGUUCAGGCUGCUUGAGCCUGCCGCACGGCAUCGCUCCUCAGCUCGUUUUGUGACACGGCUGUUAACUUUUGCCGUUUUCUGACUGACACGCUGAACAAAAAGCCGGACGAGACAGACGAGGAGCAGCACCAGACAGGAGGACCAAAAGAAGAGAGAGAUUACAGUCUCCAUGUUCCAGCUGCCCAUCUUGAAUUUCAGCCCCCAGCAGGUCGCGGGGGUCUGCGAGACGCUAGAGGAGAGCGGCGACGUGGAGAGGCUCGGCCGCUUCCUCUGGUCACUCCCGGUGGCGCCGUCCGCCUGCGAAGUCCUCGGGAAGAACGAGUCUGUCCUGCGCGCGCGCGCGGUCGUGGCCUUUCACGGGGGUAACUUCCGCGAGCUCUACCAAAUACUAGAGAACCACAAAUUCACCAAGGACUCACACGCGAAGCUGCAGGCGCUCUGGCUCGAGGCGCACUACCAGGAGGCUGAGAAACUCCGUGGACGUCCGCUGGGACCCGUGGACAAGUACCGCGUCCGAAAGAAGUUUCCACUGCCUCGGACGAUAUGGGACGGCGAACAGAAAACGCACUGCUUCAAGGAGAGGACGCGGCAUCUCUUGAGAGAGUGGUACCUGCAGGACCCUUACCCGAACCCGAGCAAAAAAAGAGAGCUGGCGCAGGCGACUGGACUCACGCCCACACAAGUGGGCAACUGGUUUAAAAACCGGAGGCAGAGAGACCGGGCGGCAGCAGCCAAGAACAGGCUACAGCAGCAGGUUCUGUCCGGUGGCUCGGACCGAUCGCUGAGGGAGGAUGACACCACAGCAGACCGUCUGGGUCCCGCCUCAAGCCCAGAAAUCAGUCUCUCGAGCAAGGCCGCCACCUCCGCCAUCUUCAUCACCUCCAGCGACAGUGAAUGUGACAUCUAACGUGACAGGCUUCAAAAGAGCAAACAGGAGAACUGUAAGAGACAAUCUAACAACAACGAC